ACUCUUUUGUGAGAUGGACAAUGAGGGCCUGAGGUCCAGGGCUUAAAAAGGAUAGGCACACCCGUUUAACAGCCAGCGACUCAGGACACAGACUGGCCAAACUAAAGGCUUCACAAUGCUGUACAGUGUAGCAGGAGCAGGCACCCUGUGCGGCGUGGCCGCCCUGGUGCUUCUCAUCGUUUCUACGGCCACAGAUUUCUGGAUGCACUACCGCUACUCGGGCAGCUCAGCCAAUCAGGGGCUUUGGAGGUUCUGCAUCAACCACAAAUGCCACGCCCACACCAUAACCGUAGCCUUCUGGGACGCCACCCGGGCCUUCAUGCUGCUGGCCGUGCUGAGCUGUUUUGCUGGGACUGUGCUCGGCCUGAGCGCCUUCACUAACGGCACCAAGCACAGGAGGGUCCGGACCGGAGGCAUCGCUCUGCUCCUGUCAGGUUUUCUGGCUCUUCUGGCUUUAGCUGUUUACACAGGAGUGACCGUCACCUUCUUUGGCAAACGCUUCCUGGACUGGCGCUUUUCCUGGUCCUACGUCAUCGGCUGGGUGGCUGUGAUUCUGGCUUUCGCAGCAGGUGCGUUUCAGCUCUGUGCAUACCGCCGGACCUCUGAAGACCCUGCUCCUUCCAACAACCCCGACAGCUGAACAGGAGAAAUGCACAAAUGGUCCUUCAGACUGUUGGACUGAAUAUUGUUACGGAAUUUGCUUCUGAAAUAUGAAAUAAAAUAAAUAUAGCAUAGUUCAUUCUCUGCAGCUAGAUGUAGUUGAGACACAAACUGUUAACCAAACAUGCCAGAUGUCAGACAGCUAUAAGCACAAUAUUAGUCUGAGAUUUUUCCUGUUACACAAGAAUGUGGUUUUGAAACUAAAUUGUUCAAAUUCAGAUGCAACAUUCUGUUCUUCUUCUUCCAGCCUUCAUCCUUAGUCUAACAUUUUUUGGUUUUAAUAAAUGCUAGAAUUUACAA